AUGAAAGCCACCCUCUUUCUUGCUGCGGUAGCAUCUGCUAGAAGCUGGGGACGAGAUGGGGAAAGAGACAGGGGAAGAGACGGGGGAAGAGACAGGGGAAACAAUUGGGUGAAGAAGUACUACUAUGACGAGAAUUACAGGUGCGGAAAGGAAUAUGAUGCUAAGCACGAUUAUGAGUACGAGUGCGAUGGUAAAUGUGGCAAACGCGAGUGCUGUGAGGAGAAGGAGUACUUUUGCGAUGACUUCAAAUGCAAUGGCGAUCUAGUAGCCAAGUAUAAUUUUGAGUACAAGUGCGAUGGCAAGUGCAACAAGCACGAAUGUUGCAAAGAGGAGAAGCGGAACAACGGGAAGAAUGCCAGGAAGUGGAAGAAGGGAGAUAAUGACAGGAAGUGGAACAAGGGGAAUAAUGACAAGAGAAACAAUCGCAAGAGAAACAAUGGAAAGAGAAACAAUGGCAAGAUAAACAGGUUGGAGUGUUUACAACUUAAAUUGUGA